GGACGAAUGUGUUGAGUUAAUUCCAAAAUUUCAUUCAUUUUACCAUGCCCAGUAAUGCGUUGUACGAUAGUAUUAUAAGAAUUGACGUUGACAGAUACGGGCGGGAGUACUGUAUGUGAAAAUUCUUUUCCUUUUAUAUAAGAAGAGAUUUUCUAUUUCGUUUUUCUUUUUCUCUCUUCCUUUCUUUCUCUUUUUUCUCUUUCUUCUUGGUCCGCUCAUCCUCUGCGUUUGCACUCCAUCUCUUCCCACCUUGCAAUUACAGAUCUAUGGAGAAGGUCUGGUGGUUGGAGAUCGUUGAAAGAGGCGGAGUAGAGACCAUGGAGGUGGAAGCCGGAGGCUGUGGGUCCGGUGGUAAGGGCGACGACCAUGGAAGUCGGCGCGGCUGGAGGUCAAUUCAAGGGGAAGGCUGGAGGAGGGGAAGGCCGAAGGAGGGGAAGGGGAAGGCCGCACAGGUGGUGGCCGGAGACGGUGUAUGGUCGAAGGGGCUAUGGAGGCUGAGAGGCGGAGGUGGUGGCUAGAGAGGCCAUGCGGCGGAAUUAGUUCCAGCGGGAGUACUGGAGGAGUGGUUGGGGUUAUUGGUGAGACCAGAAAGAAAUGAAGAAUGGAAGAUCGAGCAGGGACUGCGAAGGAGAAGUGCGGACCAAGAAGAAAGAAGAAAGAGGGGAAAAAAGAAAAAGAGGAAAGAGAACAGGGGGAAAAAAGGGAAAAAGAAAGAAAACUAAAAAAAUUGAAAAACAGUAACAAAAUGCCACGUGGGACAUCCAUGUCGGUGGUUAACCGAGUAACCGGUUGACUACCGAUUAAAAAUCUUAUUUGGUCGUUUUUUGAUAGUUUGUGGACUUGAUUGACUCAACAAAAAGUACAUGGACUCAAUUGACUUUUUGUUAAAAGUAUGUGGACUUAUUUGACAGUUUUCCUUUUUUUUAUUUUCUUCCUUAAAUGCCCUUACUUUACACGGAAGCAUGCCACAUAAGUAACCUGUUUCUAACCGUUUCUUCCGGUUGGAGAUUUCUUGCGCAAUUUUCCUUAUUUCGUUCUUUCGUCUGCGAUUAGCAUCGUCUCGGUUCUUUCCUCUCUUCCGACUUGCCAUUGCUUCUGAUUUUGCGAAUUUAGUUUUUCAUUCGCAUUAGGCAUACCUGUGCCCUGCGUUUUAUGCAGGCAUUAAUUUCUACAAAUGGAUGAUGUGUUGCUUGUUAUGCUUAAGUUGGACGGUACAUGGAUGUCUGACUUCAUUCUUCGUACACGAGUUUGCUUGAUAUGCUGCGUGGAAUCUUAAAUCAGUACAAACCAAAUCAUUCAUUCAGGAUUUCGUAUAUGGUUGAUGGUUGCCCCCCUCCUGUUUUUAUUGUUGAUGAUGAAACUUUGAAAUUCUAUCUUUAUAUGAAGUGUUUGCAGUCGGAUGUUGCAAAGUUACCACUAUGUGUGGAGUUUAAGUCUGAAACUCCACAUGUGCUUCAUGAUUUUGUACCACUUCAUAACUCACUUGCACAUGGUUCUACUACAUCUUCAUUGUCUUUGCAUGUGAGUGACUCUGAUUGUAGUAAUUAAGGGAAUGGGUUGCAUAGCAGUUUGGCUUCCAUUGAUGAAGAAGAUGAGUUUUCUUCUUCCUCAGAAAGCAACAUUUCAUCCUCAACUAUUUUGCCUAAUUUUUCUGGUGUUGGUUCCAAAUCAUUAUCCUUACAACCUGCGUCUGUGAACCACCUUGUUGACGUAAUUAGUCAUUAUCAUCCAACAUGUGUUAUGAUUAAUGCUAUUAAGGCUGACUUACUUCAUCAUUUAAAGUUGUAUGCCAUCACCAACAGUUUCCAAUUCAGACUCUGACAUCAAGGAAGAAAAUAUUACACAUUAUUUGUUUGGAUCCGUCGUGUGAGUGGGCAGUUCGUGCAGUCAGAUUAGAUGGUGUACAACUGUUUGAGAUUAGAAGGUUUGAUGCCGUACACACUUGCUCUGUUGACUAUAGGCAAUUUAAUAGUAGACAGGCAACAUUUAAUGUUAUUGCUAAUCUUGUGGCACACAAAUUUUUGGAUGCUUCUGUUAAACCUUAUACGCCAAAACAAAUAAGGCAUGAUAUGAAUUUGGAAUAUGGGAUUUCUAUGUCGUACAAGAAAGCUUGGGAAGCACAGAAACGUGCAAAGGAAAGGCAGUUCGGAUCUGAUGCAGAGUCAUACCAGAAGCUACCUUCAAUGGCGUAUGUACUUGAAGAAGCAAAUCCAGAUUCUACCAUAAAACUUGUAACUGCUGCUGAUGGUGCAUUUCAGUAUUUUUUUCUUUUCACUAAAACCUUGGCGUGAAACAUGGGAGUUUUGUAGACCUGUACUUAUCUUAGAUGGCUCGUUCAUGAAGGCAUAUUACAAAGGCACUUUGCUUACGGCUUGUGCUCAAGAUGCCAACAACCACAUCGUUUCCUUGGCAUUUGCAAUCUGUGAUUCUGAAACCAAAGCAUCUUGGCUAUGGUUUCUAAGCAGGUUGAGUGAUUCAAUCUCUAUGCGAAGUGAUAUGUAUAUAGUGUCUGAUCGCCACAAAGGCUUAAUCUCUGCUGCUGCUGAAGUCUUCCCCCAUGCUCUUCACGGGUUUUGUGUUGAACACCUGAGGCGUAAUUUAAUUUCAAAAUUAAGAGGUGGUGCCAAUGGUCUUGGAUGGAAGUUUAAAGCUGCUUAUUCAGCAAACACUAUGCAAGAACUUGAGGAAUAUUUUUCAAUGUUGGACACAGAAGAUGCUAGAAUCUGACCUUGGUUAAGUAAAGUUGGUAACCAUAGAUGGGCUAAGUGUGUUGCUGGUCCACGCAGAUAUGGCAUCAUGACAUCAAAUUGUGCAGAAUCGUUAAACAAAGUAAAUGUUUGUGCUAGAGAGUAUUCAGUUUGUAAAUUGGUUGAUUUCUUGCGUGAAAGAAUGCAACAGUGGUUCACGGAAAGAAGUGAGGAAGACCUUAAAACAUCCACUUUCUUGUCCCCCAAAUGCGAGAACCAUUUAGUUGAUGUGCAAGCUGAAUCCACACGCAUGCAGGUGAAAUCAACUUUAUAUUUCGAGUUUGAAGUUGUGGAUCGCUAUUGUAGAUCUUUUGUUGUUAACCUCAACCACAAGACUUGUACCUGUGGCAUUUUUCAAUUGGAACAAUUUGUGUGUGCUCAUGCAGUUGUUGCUAUUCGUGUGCGCCCCCGUUUAUCUUGCUAUGACUUCAUCUCACCAUUCUAUUCACGUGAUUCAUGGCUUUCGACUUGGAGUGUUGUUGUACAUCCCAUUGUUGAUCCACAAUCAUGGUUGGUUCCUCAACAUGUUGUGAUCAGAUUUGCAAGCCACCAAGUUGUCUCAAAAGACCUGUUGGACGUCCUAAGAAGACCAGAAUUCCUUCUGUUGGGGAGUUUCGUGGAUCUGGAUCUAAACGAUAAAAGUGCUCUCGCUGCCAUAUUCUUGGGCAUAAUAAAAAAUCAUGUCGCAAUCCUAUCCCUAUUUCUAUGCAGUGAUUAUAUGUGUUUCUGUUUUUUACUUCCAGUAUUUGCUUAACUCUUCAUAUACAGUUUUAUCAGUCAUACUUGUUUAGUGACAAACAAUGUUUCUACUGCUUUUUUUGUUUUGUAAUAGAG